AUGGAAACCGAAGAUCAUUUAAUAAAAUUAUUUCCACCAAAGUGGAGAGCGCCAGUUGUUAUUACUGCAGGUGUAGUGCUACAAUUUACUUUGGGAUUGGUCUACACUUUUGGGAAUAUUUUGCCUUAUUUAACUUCAUAUAUUAGAUGGAAGGUAAAUCCAGAGCAAACUCAAGGAUCGUUAAUUUGGUUACAGAGUUUAAUGUCCGGUUUUCCAUUCUCGAUGUUGACUGGAGGUUAUUUGGAACGUUUAUUGGGAGCAAGAUGGGGGGCAGCACUUGGCUCUGUAAUUUAUACUGGAUCUUUGGCCUUAUCUUAUUUUAGUAUUCAAGAAUCUUAUUUUUUGUUAAUUGUGACGAUGGGGUUUUUUGCAAGUUUUGGAAUUGGUGUAACCUAUAAUUGUUGGCUACCACACAGAGUUGGUCUAGUUAGUGGGAUAAUUACUGCAGGCUUUGGAGGCGGUGCUUUUAUAAUUUCCCCUGUUCAAACAAAAUUUAUUAAUCCAGAAAAUUUAAAUGUUAAUGAAGAGGGGUAUAUUUCUGAAUUGAAAUUUAGAAAAUCCUUUCUCCAAUUUUUAAGUUAUUUCACUCAAACAGAGCUACUUGAACGAGUUCCUCAAUUAUUUCUUUUAUUGGCACUUAUCUUUGGUGUGCUUCAAUUUAUUGGCCUUUUCUUUCUUGCAGAUCCCAAAAACACUAAUAACAAUGAAAGUGAUUUUCAAGAUGAAAAUGAUGAAGAAAAUAAAGAUCAAGAAAUCGAAUCACAAAAACGUCCAUUACUCAAAUCUAGAUGUUCAAUAACUUCCUCACACUCCCACACUUCUUAUGGAAUAAUUACAACUACAACAACUGCAUUAAGCUUAACUGCCCCCACAAUUUCCACGAAGAAAGUUUUAACUUCUGAUACCUUUAUUUGUUUGUUUUUGACUUUAUUACUUAACGGUAUUUGGGUACAGACUACAAGUGGACUUUUUAAGGCUUACGGCCAAACAUUCAUUCAUGACGAUUUCUUUUUGGCAACAGUUAGUUCAUUUGCUGCUGCUACAAAUUGUUUUAGCAGAAUAUUUUGGGGUGCUUUUGCAGACCGAGCAUCCUAUAGGCUAACAAUGGGUAUUGCAUGUUCCCUCGGUGCUGCACUUAUGUGGACUUUAGGACUUAUUUGUGCAAUGUUUUCCUGUGUUGGAGCAACUUAUUCAUUAGUACCCUAUGCAACUCAUCGUUGCUUUGGAUGCGAAAAUUUUGGUGUAGCUUAUGGGUGUGUUCAUAUAUCACUCGUGGGUUUACAUUGA